AUGUCGCAUGCACACAAUUCACGUCAAGGAAAUCAACCUGGACCUCAAAGAUCAAAAGUAACACCUGAAUGUAGGUUGAAAAAUCCAGCAGCGUUAAAGAAUAAGAACAGAUCAAAAUCGAUUAUUUUAGCAGACGAAAGCACACCAUCACAGACUUGCAAUACAAAUUCCAUUGAACCCAUUCAAGACAUAAAGAUGAAAAAGACCUGUGCUCGCUGUAAAGAAGCAACUAAAUGUGUUAAAUUGCUUAGUUCUAAAAUUGGAAGACUUGAAGAACUAGUAGAUUCUUUAGCCGAACGGUGUCGUUUAGAUUCAAUAAAUAAUGAGCCAACAAAGAAUACUAAACCUCAGUCGGAUCCAUAUCCAAAUCCGUCUGCUUCUACUUCGAAAUCAACAGCUCGCACAUGUCCAAAGUGCAAAGAAUCUUCAAAUUGUAUAAAUAUGCUUAACAAAGAGUUUCAUAAGAUCGAGAAGUUGAUGGUUGAUUUGCUUGAAACCAAUAAAGGGAUCGAGGUAACAUGUCGUAACAUGCCGAUGUCAAUAACUCAACAAUGUAUUUCUCAAAUUAUCCCAAAUGGGCAGGUUUUUCGUGCCGCAACUAUAGCUGAACCUCCAGGAAAUGGUCCUACUAUUCCCAUAAACUUAGUCACUUACCCUAAUGAUACUAUUGCUGUUCGAUUAUCUUUUAAUUUUACUUGUCCAAACAAUAAUAUUACUAUAAUCCCAAUUCGUUACAUUUUUUCAAACAUGACGCUCAUCAUUGCUGAUCUAGCUUAUACUUUUCCCUCUGUUAAUUAUUGUCCUACAAAUUUGACAAAUAAUACUUUAUCGGAUAAAAUAAAUAUUUUUGCAUUACCAGAUAAUUUCUUAUUGAUUCGUUAUUGGAAUGUUCCUAAUAACUCUUCGGAUCUGGUUCAAUAUUAUGGCCUUAUAGUAUCACCUAAUGGCAUGAUAAUUAAUGA